CAAAUAAGUUCGGUAUUUUCAAGGCAAAUCGGCAAGAGCUACAAAUCGGUGAACUUUUGCAAAUUAUUUGUUCUGAAAGCUAAGAAAGUAGUUCUUGAUCAGUGUGAGCAAUCGGAGAAUGGGUAGCCGUACAUGUGAUCUUGUCGGCAAGGUUCAUCCCGCCCACCAGUUCGACCUCGACGCCUUGUUUCGCUACGCCUCUGCUAAUGUUCAAAGUUUCCCUCUCUCUCCUACCAAAUUCACCGUCUCUCAGUUCGGGCAUGGUCAUUCCAACCCUACGUUUCUGCUGGAAGUUGGGUCUGACUCUUCUGUGAAGCGCUAUGUACUGAGAAAGAAACCCCCUGGGAAAUUGCUUGAAUCUGCCCAUGCCGUCGAGAGAGAAUUUCGGGUUCUACAUGCAUUAGGCACCCAUACACUGGUUCCAGUGCCUAAAGUUUUCUGUUUGUGUACUGAUUCGAGUGUGAUUGGAACUCCAUUUUACAUCAUGGAGUAUUUGGAAGGGCGCAUAUUUUUAGACCCCAAGUUACCCGGUGUAGCACCUAGUAGGAGGAAAGUGAUAUAUCAAGCCACUGCAAAAGCUUUGGCUUCUCUUCACUCUGCUGAUGUUGAUGCCGUUGGUCUUGGAAAGUAUGGGCGGCGAGACAACUAUUGUAAACGGCAGGUGGAGAGAUGGGCCAAACAAUAUCUUGCUGCUACUGGAGGGUCUGAGUCCGAGAGAAAUCCAAAAAUGUUAGAGCUGAUUGAUUGGUUGCGGCAACAUAUUCCUUUUGAAGAUUCUUCCGGAGCAGCAGCAGGUCUGGUCCAUGGUGAUUUUCGGAUUGAUAAUCUUGUGUUCCAUCCCAUCAAGGAUAGAGUGAUUGGCAUUCUUGACUGGGAGUUGUCCACCCUUGGAAACCAGAUGUGUGAUGUUGCAUGCAGCUGCUUGCCUUACAUUGUGGAUAUUGAUCCAGAUAACGUUGGACAGAGUGAAGGUUUUGAACUUACUAGCAUUCCUGAAGGAAUUCCUUCUCUGGCAGAAUAUCUGGCUGAUUACUGUUCUGCAUCUGGAAAGCCAUGGCCUGUGGCUGGGUGGACAUUUUAUGUUGCAUUUACCUUGUUCCGUGCGGCAUCAAUCUUUGCAGGAAUCCACAGUAGAUGGAUAAUGGGUAAUGCUUCAAGUGGUGAGCGAGCUCGAAAUGUAGGGAAAAAAGCUAAUAUUCUUGUUGAUGCAGCAUGGUUAUUUAUUGAACGGAAAUCUCUGCUUCCUCAGCAUGCUCCAUCUGAUACAAUUGCACAAGAUAACUUGCAAAAAUUUGGAAUUGACCACAAAGAUCAAGGUCUGUCCUUGGAAAGUGGAAAAUUUGUUCCGAAUAUGAAGGUUCAGGAAUUGAGAGUUAGAUUAAUCAAGUUUAUGGAGGAUCACAUAUACCCAAUGGAAAAUGAGUUUUACAAACUUGCUCAGUCCACCAUGCGUUGGACAAUUCACCCAGAAGAGGAAAAGUUAAAGGAACUAGCAAAGAGAGAAGGCCUGUGGAACUUAUGGAUACCUUUUGAUAGUGCCGCUAGGGCGAGAAAACUAAUUCUCGAUGGUAGAUAUGUUGCUUCAACUGAUAAGGCAUCUGAUCGCUUAUUGGGUGCGGCCCUCUCUAACCUUGAAUAUGGAUACCUCUGUGAGAUCAUGGGUCGUUCUGUUUGGGCUCCCCAGGUGUUUAACUGCGGGGCUCCUGACACUGGAAAUAUGGAGGUAUUAUUGCGUUAUGGUAAUGAGGAGCAAAUGAAAGAAUGGCUUAUUCCUUUGUUAGAUGGAAAAAUCCGAUCUGGAUUUGCAAUGACAGAACCGCAAGUUGCUUCUUCUGAUGCUACAAAUAUAGAGUGUUCUAUUAGAAGAGAAGGGGACUCCUAUAUCAUCAAUGGAAAGAAGUGGUGGACCAGUGGAGCCAUGGAUCCUAGGUGCCAGCUGCUUAUAGUAAUGGGCAAAACUGACUUCACUGCCCCCAAGCAUAAGCAGCAAUCCAUGAUCUUAGUAGAUAUCAAAAGUCCUGGUGUACACAUAAAGAGACCACUCACAGUAUUUGGCUUUGAUGAUGCACCUCAUGGGCAUGCAGAAGUAUCAUUUGAGAAUGUACGUGUUCCAGCCGGGAAUAUUUUGCUGGGAGAGGGGCGUGGAUUUGAAAUUGCACAGGGUAGGCUGGGCCCUGGAAGGUUGCAUCAUUGCAUGAGACUGAUAGGAGCUGCAGAACGAGGCAUGCAGAUGAUGGUUCAAAGGGCUCUAGAAAGAAGAGCAUUUGGAAAGUUGAUUGCAGAGCAUGGUUCGUUUCUUUCUGAUGUUGCCAAGUGUCGAAUAGAACUAGAGAAAACCAGAUUGUUGGUUCUGGAAGCUGCAGACCAGCUUGAUCGCCUUGGAAACAAAAAAGCUCGGGGGACUUUAGCAAUGGCCAAGGUAGCAGCCCCGAAUAUGGCGUUGAAGGUGCUCGACAUGGCUAUGCAGGUGCAUGGUGCUGCUGGGGUAUCUGGUGACACUGUUCUGGGUCAUCUUUGGGCUACAGCAAGGACAUUGAGAAUUGCAGAUGGUCCUGAUGAAGUCCACUUGGGGACCAUUGCCAAAUUAGAAUUACAAAGAGCUAAACUUUGAGAGAUUCAGAAAGUGUAGAUUUCAAUAAGCAACAUGUUUCAAACACACAAAUAAAAAAAAUGCAGAAGUUUUCAAAUAUCAUCAUAAUCAGAUAUGAGAGGGGUAUGUUGUUUGAUCGCACUGUAAAAUUAGUACUUCACGUUUAUGAUUUGUGUACAAUAAGAAUCAAAGCUGAUUACUUUGGAUCGAAAUACUACUGAAAAGAUAUAAGCAAGGAUCAAAAUUUUGAGAUUGAAAUGAAUUAGUG